UAUCGAUAACACCAAAAUAACAAAACCACAAUUGUUUUUAACAAUUUUUUAAAACAAGUCCCAAUUUUACCCUUAAAAUACAUUCCUAGCUGUUAUCUUUUUAUUUUAAUAGAAAGAUUAGGACAUUGAGGCACUGGCGGCGUGUAGAUCUUGUAAAUGGGAUCAAACCAUAGAGAGCAAAAGGCACAUUCAUACAUUAUCCAAUAAUGCUACCGGGCGUAGGUGUGUUUGGAACAGGCGAAAUAGCCAAUGUGCUGGUACCGCUGCUUCGGGAGAAGGGAUUCGAGGUGCGGGCCAUCUGGGGACGCACCCUAAAGGAGGCCAAAGAAACGGCCACCACGCAAAAUGUUCAGUUCCACACGAACGUCAUUGAUGAUGUCUUGCUGAGAAAAGAUGUGGACUUGGUUUUCAUUGUCUGUCAACCCUUCCUGCAUGCGGAGAUCUCGGUGAAAGCGUUGGGCAUUGGAAAGCAUGUUGUUUGCGACAAACCCGCGGGUCUCCAUCAACAAGACGCCCUCAAAAUGGUGCGGGCCUCCCAGUAUUAUCCCACUCUCAUUUCCCUGGUUAAUCACCCGCUGAGAUUCCUGCCCGCUUUCUCGCAUAUGCGACGCUGCUUGCAGGAGGAACUAAUCGGAUCCCUGGGCGAAAUAGUGCUCAUGGAUGUGCGCGUGCAAAUGGGGACUCUGUUCCCGGAGAAGUACAACUGGAUGUGCGAUGCACAGAUGGGUGGUGGGGCUCUUAAUCUUGUGGGAUCUGUGGUGGACCUGGUGACCUUCCUACUCCAGCAACAAGCCAUCCGCGUGCACGGAGUCUUGCGUUCAUACACCAAAACCACACCGGCGAUAAACGGAAUCAGGCAGAUCACAGCCCCGGAUUUCUGCAACUUCCAAAUGGAACUCAACACCGGAACUCUGGUGACGGUGGCCCUCCAUAGUCACACAGUGCCGGCGAAAGCCUUUUCCCAGGAGGUUCUCAUCUACGGCAGCAAAGGCCACUUGGUUGUGCGCGGCGGGGACUUGUUUGUCUUGAAAGAGGGACAACCCAAGGAGGAAGCUGUCUACGUGGACGUGCAGGAUCUUCACUUCUCCACCAACAAUUCGCUCCUUCCUCGUCCGUACAUCAAAGGCCUCUGCAAGAUGGUGGGCGCCCUGAAGGAAGCCUUCGGCAGCAAGGAGUCAUCCUGGGUUAAGGCGCCCGUUUCCACAGCGGCCACCUUCGAGGAUGGUCUCUACGUGCAGGCGGUGGUGGAGGCCAUCAGGAAGUCCAAUGAAUCGCGCCAGUGGCAAAGGGUUCAGUUAUCGACAGACGCUCCUCUUAACCAUGACCAGAUCAUUCGAUAUGCCCGCAUGUCCACCAUGUAGUGUACUCUUCAAUGUGCAAUUCGUCUCCGAGAAUCCGUAAACCGAUAUAUAUUUUUAUAUAUUUUUGUCCUUAGCCUGUAAGCAUGAUCGAAGGCCUUUUACCUUUAUCACUCCCAUCAAUGUAUUUAACUUAUUGUGUUUGGCAUCUGCAUUUUGAACUAAUUAAAUAUAUUAAAAGUAUUUUUUAAUAAUUAAAAGUCUAUCCUGUCAAAUUUACCAAAAUUUUAUUACAAAAUCAAAAAGGUUAAAAACAUCUAAAGCGUUCACUAUACACACUAUACAUACAUACAUUAUCAUCUUCCGUAUACUCAUAGAUCAAACUUAAUCGUAAACUAAUACUAGACACUAAAUAGAAAACAAAAUAUGGAUCACAAAUGUAUCUUUGCUAAAGGGAUUCUGAAGACAAAGAUUGAUAUUCAAGAUUUGGCAUAGCUUGGCCUUCUCGAGGAAGUUAAGCUCAGGGGAUGAAGAUUUUAGGCAAGAUGGAUAAUUGGGUGAUAGGGUCUUGUAUUGUAUUGUGAUUAUUAUUUUUUUUUUUAAAGAUAUUUUUGUAAUUUUUUUGUUUUUUUGGUAUAUCAGCACUUAAACUGGAGUAAGCUACCCUAAAGCCUUCUUGCAUAUAAUAGUUCUUUGAAUAUUGAAAUAAAUAAUUAAGCUAAG